UUAUAAAGAGCACCGAUGGCAUUUUGUUAAAAGCUCUUUUGGGGUUUAGUAGAGAUAAAAAGCAGCUUUUUCUAUAUAAAAACAACGCAAUUUCAGAACAAAACUGUGUUAAGAUUUAAACUAGGUGCCUUAAGUUUACAAAUUAAAGACGGAUAAAAAUCAAAACCGUUUAAUUUUUGGGAUUCGUACUAAGAUGUCUUAACUAUUAUUUCUUAUUUUAUAGAAAAAACUGGUCACAUUUCGAUACAAUUGUUAAUUUAAUAUAUUAUAUAUAACAUUAUAACUACAGGUUGUAUUUAAUUCGUACCGUUAAACAGUUUUCAGACGAUUUCAACGUGCGAGAAACAAUGCUGAGGGUGCAACUACGAUAAGCUUUGUUAUGAAAAUGUUAACGAUGGCAAGUAUUGGAGAAAUAGACAGUCAUGGAGAUUACAUUUAGUUAUACAAAGAAGAGAUGCGAAUUCGGUCGACAGCCUCUAUUUUGCGAGCAGGGCCCCGAGCUAUGUGAUUCGGUGCCGCCUAACCCCGCCGAGCAUAAGCAUUACAUUCUACGCAACCCGGUGCACCAGCCUACACAAAAUACUCCUUGCUUCUCCGAGCACCAUGUCAACACAAUAAGAGCGGAGUAUACAACAACUGGAGCCAAUCAUGCUGAAGGUGGGUGGCCAAAAGAUGUGAAUGUUGUCGACCCCGAAGCAACACAGCGAUAUCGAAGAAAAAUUGAGAAAGACGACAAUUACAUCCAUUGUGUUAUGUCCCUCGCACCAGGUAUGGAUCACUACGUGUUGCAAAACAAUGCGAUCGAUAUGUACCGCACAUAUUACGCUGAAAUGGCGACACUGCCACAAGUAGAGCGUAACAGUUGCCGUACUGUCAACGUGUACCGCGACCCCAUGGGCCCACGCCCUAUCGCCGCCAUUAGCUGGCAGCCCGACGGUGGACAACGAUUUGCCGUCGCCUAUUUAGAUGUCGACUUCAAUCGCAUCUCACGCGCCUCUUUACUAUCUUACAUCUGGGAUGUGGAAAACGCCAACGAUCCUGAAGUAGCGUUACUGCCACCCGUACCACUGCUUGACCUGCAGUUCAAUCCACGGGAACGAAAUACUCUGGCCGGUGGACUACUCAACGGGCAGGUAGGCGUAUGGGACCGGCGUCGCGGUGGUGUCCCUGUCAUACUUUGCGCGCCGCACGUGGCACACCGAGAUCUUGUGCGUAAUGUGAUCUUUAUCAACUCAAAGUCAGGGCAGGAGUUCUUUUCGGGGGGGCCAGAUGGUGCCUGCAAGUGGUGGGACAUGCGCAAUAUGGAUGAACCCACUGAUGAGAUGAUUAUGGAUGUAGUAAAGUCAUCGUUUGACGUGCAAACAAUGGCCAAUGCGAACGGAAUUACUGUGAUGGAGUACGAAUCCACGAUUCCGACGCGAUUCAUGGUCGGUACUGAAAACGGGCUGGUGAUCGGUGGCAACCGCAAAGGCAAAACUCCUAUGGAAAAGCUACCGGCGAAGUUUGAGGCACACCUGGGCCCAGUAUGGUCACUGGAACGAAACCCUGGAUUUCUUAAGAACUUCCUCACAGUAGGAGACUGGACUAUGCGUGUUUGGAGUGAGGAUUGUCGUGAGUCCGCUGUUCUUUGGUCGCCACCGAAUCGACACAAAAUAACCGCCGCAACUUGGAGCCCCACUAGGCUAUCGCUGCUUGCGGCGGUGCAGUGGGAUGGUUUGUUGGCCACAUGGGAUCUAUUACGGCGUCAACAUGAGCCUACUCUUACAAUGCACGUUUGUGACGAGCCUCUACUACGCUUGCGCAUGCAUGAAGGGGGUGCGUUUGUGGCAUGUGGCAGCCGUAAAGGCAACAUCUACAUGGUAGAGUACUCACAGAACAUGACACAGUCUGAUAAGAACGAUAAAAUACUUCUGACUGCGAUGUUCGAACGGGAGAGCAAACGAGAGCGUAUUCUCGAAGCGCGUAUGCGUGAGAUUCGUCUUAAGUUACGACAGGCAGAGGAGGGCAGCCCAGCCGCCUCUGUCACAGAGUUUGACCCUAGUGUUGGAGAUCGCGAUCUGGCCGAGGCUACGGCGGAAUACAUGCAGGGCGUGAAGAAGGAGCUCGCUGCCAUGUAGCUGCUGCGAUUAUAUUAUUCUUUGAACAGAUUUUGUUUGCUUUAGUCACAAUUAAAUGAAUUAAACAUAAUAAUCGUUUGAAGACUUUUAUUGUCACACAUCUGAUACUAUAGGUAUAUAUAUACCCCCUUAUUCAUAAAAACUAAAUCCAGACUAAUAGUUGUUUAAACUAAACUAAGUA